UCGCCAGCAAAUUUGCCAACACGAUUAGAUUCUCUUGGCGAUUAUCGCCUACUUUAUUGUCACCUGCUUACAUGAUUGUCUUCCUUAUAAAAAAGUAAGCGAAUAUUAAGUUUGAGAUUGGCAUAGACUAUAUCACGUACAGAACGUGUCAAUAAUAAGUGGCGAAAACGUACAUAAAACGUGAUGUAUAACUCAUAUUUUUAACUUAUCUACUUAUUACCUAUGUGAUAUUAAAAAGAAGUAGAGAAGAAUUCUGCUUGUUUUGUAUUCAAAGCUUCUUUCAGCAUUCACAUAUUUCAUUUAUUUACGUAGCGAAAUAUAAAAUGUUAUAUGUGUAACGUACGAGUUUUUGUUGAGCGUGUGACAAAAACACCAUUAUAUGGCAAUUCUGUUAGCUUGUAAUACUGAACAUACUUGUCACAUUAUGAAAUUUAUUUAGCCGCUGCUGACUAACAACAACAAAGCUGAAGUGACAUUAUUGUAAAAGAAGUAUUAAUGAAAGUUUCAACAUUUUUUUAUUAUAUCCUUUAAAAUUUCAAACCGGCCAAAUCACAUUUUUAAGUUCAACCGAAAAGCGAAAUUCUCGUUAUUCUCGCGUCAUGUCCAGUGAUAUAGAAUUGACAGAAAUGGAAAGGGAAAGAAAAAAGAAGAAGAAAUCAAAGAAGAAAUCUGAACGGAAAAAACUUAAGAAAGAGAAAAAGAAGAAGACUGCUAAAAAAGAAUCCAAAACUAUCAAGUCGAUCAAAGAUGAUAUUACGAAAUCUAAAUAUAUUGUCCCAAAUAAUGAGACAAGUUUAUUUGGCCCUGCUUUACCCCCUCAUUUAAUAGGGCAGAAAGUGGAAGCUUCUAAGGAGCCAAUUCAAAUUAUAGAACCUAUUCGAGGUGAAUUUUUAGAAAAUCAUAGUUUCCCCUUGAAAGAAAUAUCUCAACGAGAUGAUAGCACUGGAGGAAAUGUUGAAGAAUCUUUAAUUGACACUUAUGGGCCUUUACCAGUUGGGGAAUUAAGCUCUACGCAAAUAAAGUUGGAAGAGAGAGCUUUACAGUUGAAAAUGGCAGCUAUAGAUGGGACGCUUGUUAACAGAAAUGCCGAUCAAAAUGUGCGUGAGGAAUGGAUGUUGGAGUUACCAGAGAUAGGUUUAAAGAAGGGUUUGCCAUCACUGAGUAAUUUGAAACGCGGUUUUUAUCAUGGAAAAGAUAACCCAGAUUUCAGUAAUAGAACUGAUUGGACGAAAACACCGAAUCAAAAUGUUGAUUUUAAAGGAGAAAAACCUUGCACAUCAAAACGCACCAGCACCAGCGACUCGUUAAAAGAUAAGGCUCAACUCUUAUAUGAUAAGCAACGAGAUCGUGAACAAGAAGCUAUGGCCAAAAGGCACGAAAAGAAAUAUAAGCGUGAUGAAUCCCUUGUUGAAAUGCAUAAAAAAAAAUUGCGAAAAGAACAGAAAAAGAAAGAAAAGGAAAUGAAGGAAAGCAAUGCAAAACGUGAAAGGCGACCAUUUAGCCGCGAUUUGGAUUUAAAAAUAAAUAAAAUUGACAGCAAUCAAACUAAACAAAUAGUGGAUAAGGCGAAAAUUCUAGAUACAAAAUUUUCUACUGGUCACACUAAAUAUCUUUGAUAUAUCAUAAUAUACGCUUGUAGUUCUACUAGGGGAUAUACAUUCGUCUUCAUUCUUAGAGCUAUGUACUAUGAAAAAAGGAGAAUAAUUUAUUUUUU